CAUCGCCGCCCGCUCUUUCGCCCUCCAAUUCGCCGCAACCCCCUCUCUUCCCUCCAUCGCACUCCCAUCCCCAUCGACCAUCCCCAUCGAUCAUCCCAUCGAUCAUCCCAUCGACUCCAUCGACCAUCGCAAUCCGCAUCCUCCGCGUCGCCCUCCGAAUCGCCGUCCGAAUCACCCGCAUCCCCAACUCGCUGAUCCCACCCCGACUGCCAAUCGACUCGCUCCGUUCCCGCUCGUUCGUUCGCCUGACACAUCAGCAUCACUUGUCUUUCCGCAAUCGACAUUGUGCUCUCCAUCUCUUCAACAACAAUACCAGUCCAGUUCACAUCGGCCCCCUGCACUCGCCUCUUGCUCGAGUAAUAAUAAUAAGCACAUCCUCCCAGCUCCAGCGCUCACCCGCCCCAUCCCAAUCACACCGCCGCCAUGGACUCGUUCUCCGACUCUAGCUUCCUCAACGCCCAGCAGCAAAUCUUCUAUCCUGAUCUCCUGACGAUCGAGAACCUCACAUCGAUCUCCAAGAAGCGGCUCGCCGACUCGGACAACGUCGAGAGUCAGCCCAAGGCUCAGAACACCUCUCCUGCCUCGACCCCCGAGGCUGAGGACCCGUUCUUGGCACCGGCCCCAACCAAGAAAAAGCCUGGUCGCAAGCCGUCCUCGACCGAGCCCCCCAACAAGCGCACGGCCCAGAACCGGGCUGCCCAGCGCGCCUUCCGAGAGCGCAAGGAACGGUAUGUCAAGGAGCUCGAGGCUCGAGUCCACCAGCUCGAGAACAUGCAGACCACCACCGAGCCCACCAGCAACGUCACCCUCGAGUCUGAAAACAAGAUCCUCAAGCAGAAGGUCGAGGAGCUCGAGCGCGAGAACUCGACCCUGCGCGAGAUGACCUUCACCUUCAAGUAUGCCCCGCCCACCACAACCAUGCCGCUGAGCUCACCCUUCAAGACCGACUCGCCGCCGCCGCAGCUGCCCCAGGCCACGCCCUCCCCGCUCACCGCUCCGGUCUCGAACCCGGCGACACCCUCGUCGCUGUCGACCCCGCAGAACUGGGGCACCCCUGCACCCGGCGACGACAUCUUCAGCCUCUCCGACAUCGACUCGUCUCUGCUUCCCAACGGCGACAUCUCGCCCAUUGUCGGCCUGGAUCCCAGCCUCUUUGCUAUGCCCGCGCCCACCAACCAGUCGAUCUUUUCGCUGCCCUCGGCCAUCCCAAACCCUCUCUUCCGUCCCCAGAUCCCGGCUGUCGGGGCCGUCGGGGCCUUCGCCGCGCCUGCCCCGGUGCUUCCCCAGACCCAGCCCUCUACCGACUUCAACCUCAUGGCCCACGAUAUCAUGAAGAACCUCCACCAGCUGCAGGAACAGCAGCAGCUCCUUAGCCAGCGCCAGCAGGCACUCAGCAUGCUCUCGACCCAGCUGUUGCUCAACACCAACGCACCCGCCUUCCAGGUCAUCCGCGAGCCCACCAACACCUUCAAUCCCACUGUCGACACCGUUGCCGGCAUCGACACCAGCCUUCCGCUCUUCGAGGACGACUACGACCACGACAUUCUGUCGCUGAUCACCGAGACCCCGGUGACCACCGCCCCCCUGGCUGCUGCCCCGCCCACUCCGACUACGCGGUUCCUGGAGACCAUCACUCUGCCUUCCCCUGCCCCCACCACCGACGGCCAUGUCCUGCCUGCUCCUCAGCCCAAACUCACAACCGACGACUACUUUGCCCUCAAGCAAGUCAUCGACACCCCGGCGCUGUACACCAGCCUGUCCCCGAACCAGCAGCGCGAAUGCAUCGAGGCGCUGGGCAAGCUGAAGGAGGCCAAGACCCUGAUCAACGACCAACAGGUCAUGGACGAUCUGUGUGAUAUUUUCAAGGCAAAGGCCAAGUGCUCGGACAUGCGUGAGCUUCAAGACAAGAUUGUCGAAGCGUGUAGCAACAGGGACGAGAAGACCGUCGUCAACCUCGUCAACAUUGCCAAGCAGAAGAAGAAGCUCUAUGCGCUGCGACAAAAGGCCGGUGUGACUGUUCUCAACCCCACCCUGUCAUCGUAGACUCGAUACUGCUCCCUCGAGCCCGCUUGCUGGAUCCUGGCACCCGUGCCAUGGCGGCCACAUUGCCUCUCGAACUCGCGCCGACCAGCACUGCCGCUGUUGGUCGCGGUCGUGGCCAGCGGUCCAAGCACGUCUUGACUGCAGCUCCCCGUGGCCGCUGAAUCCACUGCAUUCUCUGUCUGCGCCUUACUGUGAUAUCCCACACCAUUUUCUUUUCAUCUGCCUGUCUCGCCGAAGGGUUUGAAGCUGGUGCUCAUCGCAUAGAACGGGAUGGGCCUGGCUCUCUCGGCGAACAUUAUCGACCCUUGCUCCGCCGGCUUGCACCCUCUCCCUCCUUGUGCCAGGACUCGCAGCUGGUCUGUAGCUGCAUCCCUUCGUCGGACCUCGGCGUGCCAACGACUCUCCUUGCCAGCCUCGGGCUUCGGCAACCUCCGACGGCCAUGUCGUCCCCAAUACACUACUAUUUUUCCGCA